AUGAAACAACAUUCUGCUUCUGUUGAAACAUCAAAUAAAGCUGUCGUUGAUUCUGCUGAGACUGAAAAGACGAAACUCCAAGAGCUUCGGACUGGUCUUAAAUCUGACCAUGAAUCCUUUCAAGCCACUCUAUCAUCUCAGAUUUCUCAGCUUAAAGACGAACUUGUAAAGGAGAGUACCCUCAAGGAUUCCCUUACUCUCAAGACAGAAGAAGCCGAGCUGUUAAGUACCAAACUUGAAGCUUCAGAGAAACAGGUCAAUGAUUUGUUAUCUGAGAGGGUAGUCAUGCGAAGCUCUAUAACUGAUGUUACUGGCUUGCUCUCGAAUAUCAUUGAGACCAGGGACUCCAUGAUACCCAUCACCAUGCGUAAGCAUCUGGCUGAAGAGUUAAAGCCAGUCUUUGCCAUGCUUCACCGCCUUAAAGGUGUUUUUAAUCAACCCUUUAAUCCGAAACAAAGGGGAGAAAGUGUGACUGGGGGAUCAAGAAAAGAAAAUGUGGCUGGUGGAUCACGGAAGGAAGAACCUAAAGCUCCUGUCAAGCCUGUCAAGCCCAUUGUCAAGAAGGAACCAAAAGACAAGGAAACUCUGUUCCAUGAUGAUCCAAUUAUUGACAAUGAUAGCGAAGAAGAGAUCACUGAAGAAGAACUAAAAAGGCGAAAAGUCUGUGAAGCUGAAAUGGAUGAACAUCAGCAAAUCACCCGUGAAGCUGAAGAAAAGGAAAGGGCUGAAAAAGAAGCACAUGCUACUCUUCAGAGGAGUUUUCAUAUUCUCUCAGGUUGCAGUCGACUUGGAUUCGGGAAUUCUUCGUGGACGGGUGUUGGGAUGAAGAUUCGUCAGUUGGGACAAGUGUUAUGA